CGGCAUUGGGUCCACUGAAUGGCAGGCUGGGGACGACAGCUUCUAAUGAUCACGGCGGCAGUAUGUGGUUUUUCCCUUUCUCUUCCCUCCCGACAAGCGAGAGAGUUUUGGAUAGCGGACGGCAAGCAACCGACUCCGGGCUGCCCCAGCUGUCGAUUUCACGUCCUGUUGGCUUCGGUUCCCUUGUCGAAAAAGGCAACAUGUGUUCGCUCCGCCACAGUUUCCUUUUCAUCUGCUUUCCUGUUUCCCUCGGUUCGUCCUUUGUUCGGACAGACUCCUCUGCAUCGGGGCAUAUUCGGAGUGAGGAUAACGGCGCGAGAAGGGAAGUUCAGGGCAUGCCCUCCUGCGUUGCCUUUGAUGCCGCUCAAACGACACUCCCUUUGGUAUUCUUCCGCUGGCGUUGGGCGCGUUCAAGUUCUGCUUGAAUCUUUUCAAAGUAGCUAUCGGGCAAAGGUACGGUCAGUUGGGUGGUGGAGGAGGAGGACGAGCCCUGUGCAUAUCAAAGGGGAGAGUCAUAAUUAUUGGGGUGCCAUUGUCACAUAGUUGCUCGGGCCUGAGCGACCUGGGCUUCGGCAAAGUCAAACUCUCGUGACUUCCCCUGGGGGAGGUGUGCCGGGUUGUCAGCGAGCGGCAGCAAGGGCGACGAAGUUGGCAGCAGGCUCCGGUAUAUAGUUUUGACACAGCGAUAAAAACGUAUAAUAAGUCUUUGAGGGGACAGGGCUAGCGCUUCGAGUGAGAAACGAAAGAAGU